AUGGAGACGAAGUCUAAGUUGAGUUUGGAUAAUGUUAUAGUGCAUUUUGAUUUCAAGGGAUCGCCGCCAAAAAUGUCGUACUUGACGACGUUGCUGCCAAAAUUAAAAUAUCUUGGAGUUACAGGACUACUUAUGGAGUAUGAAGAUAUGUUUCCUUAUGAAGAUAAGUUGGUGAACUUAAGUGCACGGAACUGUUAUGAAAAAUCUGAGCUAUUUGAGUUCGUAUCCCUUGCGACGCAAUCUGGGUUGGAGAUCAUACCACUAAUACAAACCUUUGGUCACAUGGAGCACGCACUGAAAUUGAAACAGUUCCAGCAUUUACGAGAAGAACCACUUUACCCAGACUCCAUCUGCCCCAGCAGGGUAGAAAGCCAGGACCUAAUUAAAAAUAUGAUUGAACAGGUAGCCACAUUUCACAACGACAUAGCGCCACUCAAACGUUUUCAUAUCGGCUGUGAUGAAGUAUAUCACAUCAACAAAUGUCAUUUGUGUAAAAGACGGGGUCUUAAGGAUAUAGAAAUUUUCGUGAAACACGUGAAAAUAGUAACAGACAUUGUAAAAAAAAUCAGUCCUAAUACAACCGUGCUAAUCUGGGAUGAUGGUUUACGAGAUGUGCCUAUUUAUAAAUGGGACAAUUUUAUAAAGAACCUCAGCGUAGAACCAGUUUACUGGGAUUACAGGCCAAGUUUAUCGGUUUCUCAUGUGAGUCUCAUGAAAUAUUAUUAUUCCUUUCAAAAUAUCUGGAUCGCAUCUGCGUAUAAGGGCGCGGAUGGAAGAGUGGCGACUUUCCCCGAUAUCAAGAAACGUUUUCUAAACAAUUUUAGCUGGUUAAGUAUAAUUAAUAAUUAUAAAUUCGGUGGUACGACUGAUCUUUAUAGUUUUAAAGGCAUCAUACUCACUGGAUGGUCCCGAUAUAGUCACAUGGACCCGCCUUGUGAAUUAUUCCACAAUGCAAUACCAAGCUUAUUCGUUAACUUGCUCUUAGUAAAGCAUUUUAAAGAAAAUGGUUAUUCAGAUGCAGAUGACGAAUUAAAUUUCACCGAUUACUUCGAUAAGUAUCUUAAAAAUAAGUUUAACAGUGUCUUAGAAUGUAAUAAAGUAACAAUAAAUUAUAUAGACCCGUCACGGUGCAAAUUUGAUGGUAAAGAAAUCUUUCAGCUCCAUUUGCAUUUGAAUAGGCUAUUUUCAGAUGUAACAUAUAAUAUGAAUGAUGAGGUUCGUGGUUUAUCGGCUGUUGAUUAUUAUUCAAAAACACAUAAUACUAAUGUAAAUAAUGUUAAUAAAGAUUUAGAAUGGACAAAUACGACGAUUAAAGAAUUAUUGCAAAUAGAGCACAGACUUAGGCAGAUCUUACUGCAAUAUUAUGACGUGCCCUCUGUAAAUGAGUAUUUAAAUUAUAAAUUGUAUAAUUGUAAGAAAACUAUAUUUAGUUUGUCAAAACAUUUAAAGGAUAUGUUAAAGACUAGAACUUGGGAUAGGGGACCAUAUAAUUAG